AUGGCUAUGGUUCUUCAAACCAAUCGUGUUGUAAGCAGCAAUAGUAGCACGAUUCCAAUGGAUUCUUACAAUCAGCUGCAUGAAACAACAAGUCUCGAAGAUACUUUUCAUAAAAAAAUACUUGAUAAAAUCGAAGAAACAAAACUUACACGAGAUCCCGAAAAAUGUCAACAAACCCUCGAUGAUUUUUUAAAACUUCUCAAAUAUCUAACAACCGAUGUUACUAAUUAUAAUUUAGCAUUUCGUGAAACACGACCUUCAUUUUAUAUGCAAGAAUUUCAACGUUUAACAGAUCGUAUCGAAACAUUAACAAAAGCACGAGAUACGUUAACAGAAUUUCUUCAUGAACUUCAAGAUCAAAAUAUUGAAACAACCGUUCCCUAUUCAUCAUCAUUUAAUGAUGUUUCAUCUGAAAAUACUCAAUUUCAACAACAAUUACAAUAUUCUCCAGUAAUAUCUCAUUCAAAUCGUUCAUCUCCAUCUGAAAAACCUCAUCAUCAACAUACACCAUCGACAUCAUCAUCAACACAUUCAGGUACAAAAGAUAACUAUGUAAAUGAAUAUUCAACAACAACAACAACAAAUGAUCAUCAUACUGCUCAACGACCUCGUAGUCCAACUAUGACACCAAGUAAUUUUAUACGUGUUCAUUUUCCAAAUAAACAUACAACUGCUCUUGCUCCACGAAAUGAUGAAACACUUGCUGCAGCACUAGAAUCACGUGCUUCAAGACAUUCAGUAACUAAUAUAAGAGCUUAUACACCAAUCUAUAUGAUUUCAAGACAACCAUGUCCAUGGGAUAUUACACUUGAUCGUUUACGUGAAACAGAAAUUGAACUUGCAGAAAAACCAAAACUUGAUCAUUCAUUUGAAAAUGUUUCAACACCUCGUUUUGUACUAAUGGGUGUUCGUUGUGUUGUUUGUCAGCGUCGUAUUCGUGAAUCUCAUAAACGUUGUGUUUCAUGUGGUAAUAGUUAUCAUAAUAAUUGUUGUACAAAAGCACCUGUAUGUUCACAUCCUAUACUUCAACAUAUUAAACAUCUUGGUCCCGAUCGUUUUAAUAUGGAUCGAACAAAUGGUCAAAGUCGAAGUAAAGAACAAUCACGUAGUUUACCUCGAAUUCCAUUACCAAGACCCAGUAUCAAUACAAAUCAAGGAGUUGAUCCACGAAAAGAUAUUAGUCAUGAUUCACAAAGUCUUUCACCGCCACCAUCAAUACCAAUACCAACAAGAAAUGUUGGCUCUUUUCCCAAUGCUAUUCAAUCGACGAUGAAUAUAUCGUUAUCACCAUCGUCGAAUUCACUCUAUCAACCAUUAUCAACAGUUAUAUCAGCUUCAUUACCAUCAGCCGUCUCACCUAUACAUCACAUUCCUCAGUUAUUACUGACUACUAAUGGUUCUACUAUAAUAAGUCCAGAAAGUCUUCGACCUAGUAUGAUUAAACCUCAUAAUGAUGAUAUUAGUGAAACAAAAAAAUCAUCACCUAAAUAUGUUAGUGAAUGGAAAAUUCGAUCAGAAGAUUUACUCGAUCAUGGACGAAUGGUCGGUAAAGGUACUUAUGGUACUGUAUAUAAAGCACAAGUGCGAUUACAUGGUUGUGUUGCCUUAAAAGAAUUAAAUUUUGUUUCACCCACACCAACUCAAUUUCAAGCAUUUCGAAAUGAAGUUUUUGCAUUAAAAAAAAUUACACAUCAAAAUACAUUAAAUUUUUAUGGAUAUAUUGUUUCACCUCGUUUUGCUAUUGUAACCCAAUGGUGUGAUGGUUCAACAUUAUAUAAACAUAUUCAUAUACUUGAUCGUCAUUGGAAAAUUAAUCAAUUAAUUGAUAUUGCUCGACAAACAUGUCAAGGAAUGUCAUAUUUACAUGAUCGAGAGAUAAUUCAUCGUGAUCUCAAAUCUAGUAAUGUCUUUUUGGAUAUGUGUGCUGAACCUGAUGAUGUUGCCGUUUGUUGGCGUGUAAAAAUUGGUGAUUUUGGUUUAGCAGCUGUUAAAACUGUCGUAGCCGAAGGUGUUAAUCAACAAUUUCAACCAACAGGAUCAGUUCUAUGGAUGGCACCGGAAGUUAUUCAACAAAAAGAUCCCAAUUGUUACUCAACUAGUUCUGAUGUAUAUGCAUAUGGUUGUGUAUUAUUUGAAAUGUUUAGUGGAAAAUUACCUCAUGCACCAAUUAAUAAUAAAGAACAGAUUAUGUGGCUUGUUGGAAAAGGACGACUAAAAAUAAAAGUAGACGAAUGUCGUGAUGAUACACCUGAAGCUAUUCUUGAUCUAAUUCGUCAAUGUACAGAAUAUAAUCGUGAACUACGACCAGAUUUUGCGCCUGAGAUUGAUGAUGUAUUAUCAAAAUUUGAAUUUAUAUUUCCACGUGUACAACGUUCACAAUCAGAACCAUGUUUGAUUCGAAGUCAUCAAGAUGAUUUACUUGGUUUAUCAAUUAAUUAUGGUGUACCUAAAACUCCCGUAUCUAUUCAUCGACGUUUUAAUGCUGAAGUAUCAUGA